GCUGAGAAAGUCCCUCUCUGCUUCUCAUAAAUUAAGUUCCUUUCCACCAGUUAGGGCAAGUCAGCCAAGGUAGAAAAUGAUGAUCUGUGUUCAUCUACAGUGAAGACUCGGGAUCCAAUGGCUGUUGCAGCUGUUCUGCCUGUGCCUCAGGAUGUAAACAUGAUCUGACCUUUCCCUGAUGGGCAGCUAUAUCAUGGACAGGCUAAACAACCUACUUUGGACUGUCCUUGGCAUCUCUUUUGAAUGCUCACUGAGCCCUUGUAGCCAACAAAGAAAGGAAGAACUGUGAACAGGAAAGUGAUCUUACAAUGAAACUUACGAGCACAUCUUGCAUCUGUCCAGUCCUCGUGUGUCUCUGUUUUGUGCAGAGGUGUUAUGGAACUGCUCACCACAGUUCCAUCAAGGUGACCAGAAACCAAACCAAGCACACUGAAGGGGAAACCGAAGUCCACCAUCGUCCGAAGAGGGGAUGGGUAUGGAAUCAGUUCUUUGUUUUAGAAGAACAUAUGGGACCAGAUCCACAAUAUGUUGGAAAACUGCACUCCAAUUCUGACAAAGGUGAUGGGUCUGUCAAGUACAUCCUAACUGGAGAAGGGGCUGGGACUAUAUUUAUCAUUGACGACACCACCGGUGACAUCCACUCUACCAAAAGCCUGGACAGAGAGCAGAAGACCCACUAUGUGCUUCAUGCCCAGGCUAUUGACAGACGGACAAACAAGCCUCUUGAACCUGAAUCUGAGUUCAUCAUCAAAGUGCAAGAUAUCAAUGACAAUGCUCCAAAAUUCACAGAUGGACCGUACAUUGUUACUGUGCCUGAAAUGUCAGAUAUGGGUACCUCUGUUCUACAGGUGACAGCGACGGAUGCGGAUGACCCCACUUAUGGAAACAGUGCACGAGUGGUUUACAGUAUCCUCCAAGGACAACCUUACUUCUCAGUAGACCCUAAAACAGGAGUCAUUAGGACAGCCUUACACAACAUGGAUCGAGAAGCCAGAGAGCAUUACUCAGUGGUUAUUCAAGCCAAAGACAUGGCUGGGCAAGUUGGUGGGCUUUCAGGAUCCACAACUGUCAACAUCACCUUGACUGACGUCAAUGACAACCCACCACGGUUUCCACAGAAACACUAUCAGCUCUAUGUUCCUGAGUCAGCGCAAGUUGGUUCAGCUGUUGGGAAAAUUAAGGCAAAUGAUGCAGACACCGGCCCAAAUGCUGACAUGACUUACUCCAUCACUAAUGGUGACGGGACUGGGAUAUUCUCUAUCUCCACUGACAAAGAUACCAGAGAAGGAAUACUUUCCUUAAAGAAGCCACUGAACUAUGAGAAAAAAAAGUCAUACACACUCAACAUAGAGGGAGCAAAUACACAUCUCGACUUCCGCUUUUCCCACUUGGGACCUUUUAAGGAUGCUACGAUGCUGAAGAUCAUUGUUGGAGAUGUGGAUGAGCCGCCUCUCUUUUCGAUGCCUUCUUAUGUCAUGGAAGUCUAUGAAAAUGCCAAGAUUGGGACAAUUGUUGGCACUGUUUUGGCACAAGACCCUGACAGUGCUAACAGCUUAGUAAGAUACUUUAUCAACCACAAUGCUGAAGAGGACAGAUUUUUCAACAUUGAUCCCAAUACUGGAACCAUUAAGACUACAAAAGUACUUGACAGAGAAGAAACACCCUGGUAUAAUAUCACAGUGACUGCUUCAGAAAACGACAAUCCUGGUUUGCUGAGCCAUGUCACCGUGGGAAUUAGAGUUCUGGAUGUCAAUGACAAUCCACCAGAACUUGCCAGGGAAUAUGAUAUUGUUGUCUGUGAAAAUUCAAAGCCUGGCCAGGUUAUUCACACCAUCACUGCCACUGAUAAAGAUGACUUUGCCAAUGGACCAAGAUUUAGCUUCUUUCUUGAUGAGCGUCUUUCCAUGAACCCAAACUUCACCAUUAAGGACAAUGAAGAUAACACAGCCAGCAUUCUGACAAGGCGGAGGAGAUUUAGUCGAACUAUGCAGGAUGUGUAUUAUCUACCCAUUAUGAUCUCUGAUGGUGGAAUCCCCUCUCUCAGCAGCAGCAGCACCCUCACGAUCAGGGUUUGUGCAUGCGAGAGAGAUGGGCGCGUGCGGACCUGCAACGCCGAAGCCUUCCUGUCCUCGGCUGGUUUGAGCACAGGAGCCCUAAUCGCUAUUCUUCUCUGUGUUGUCAUUCUUCUUGCCAUCGUAGUCCUUUUUAUCACCCUGAGGCGCGGCAAAAAAGAGCCCUUGAUCAUUUCCGAGGAGGAUGUGCGGGAGAACGUGGUCACCUAUGAUGAUGAGGGAGGUGGGGAAGAGGACACAGAGGCUUUUGACAUAACAGCCUUGAGGAAUCCUUCUGCUGCUGAGGAGCUCAAGUACCGCAGGGACAUCCGGCCUGAAGUGAAGCUCACUCCCAGACAGCAGACCUUAUCCACCCUGGAGAGUAUAGAUGUUCAGGAGUUCAUUAAGCAAAGACUGGCAGAAGCAGACCUGGACCCCAGUGUACCCCCUUAUGACUCUCUUCAGACUUAUGCCUACGAGGGUCAGAGAUCAGAAGCUGGGUCUAUCAGCUCACUGGACUCAGCAACAACACAGUCAGAUCAGGAUUAUCACUACCUUGGAGACUGGGGACCUGAGUUUAAAAAGUUAGCUGAACUCUAUGGAGAAAUAGAAUCUGAAAGAACAACUUAGGGGGUCAGCUGUACAACCUGUAGAAUUUGCUUCUGAGCAAGUGGAGAUAUGACCUCAGUUCUGACAAGGAAGAUACAUGGAAACAGUACUUGGAACUGAGCAAGCUGUACACAGAUCCUGUAGAAACAAGUGCCCUUUUUAUGAUCAAAACUGGGUUAUUUAAUUGAAUGAAAGU